AUGCUUAUUCCAAAGGAAGACCGUAAAUUGAUCCACAGACAUCUCUUGCAAGGUAUGUUACAAUUAUUGAAAGGUGAUCAAAGCCUGAUUCGGAACGGAGAACGAGACGAAUAUUGGACGAGGCAACAGGGUACGAGAACGAGCGCGAGUGCGACCAAGAAGGGUUACUUUGAGACAUCAUUCAGGAUUACGAUGACCAACUGCAUUUAA